AUGGAAGGAUUCAUUGACAUGUUGCCAGAAGAGUGUGUGUCUACAAUUUUGUCCUUCACCUGUCCAACAGACACAUUCCGAUCUUCAAUGGUGUCAUCCAUCUUUCAUUCAGCGGCGGAGUCCGACGUUGUUUGGGAGAGAUUCUUGCCGGAUGAUUAUAAGGAUGUUGUGUCAAGGUUGGUCACUCCUUUGGCAUUUACUACAAAGAAGGAGCUUUUUCUUUGUCUCUGCAAUCCAGUUCUCAUAGAUGGUGGUAGAAAGAGCUUCAAGCUAGAGAAAUUGUUUGGCAAAAUAUCAUAUAUGCUAUCAGCAAGAGAACUUUCCAUAACAUGGGGCAAUGAUCCAAUGCAAUGGAGUUGGAAAUCAAUACCUCAAUCAAGGUUCCCAGAAGUGGCUGAGCUUAGAACAACAUGUUGGUUAGAAAUUCGUGGCAAAAUCAAUACUCAAAUUUUAUCACCAAUGACAAGAUAUGGUGUUUAUCUUAUAAUGAAAAUUUCUAACCGUGCAUAUGGGCUCGAUUCAAUACCAUCUGAAAUGUUAGUUGAGGUGGGCAAUAAAGUAUGUAAUGGCAUGACUCAUCUUCGUCAUGAAGAUGGCAAGAAGCAACAAAUGGAGUGCUUAUUUUAUAGAAACCGCACAGAAGUGUUGAGAAAGAGAGUGAUAGAGGGCACUGAACGAUUCCUAAGUGAAAGAGAGGAUGGGUGGAUGGAGAUUGAGCUAGGAGAAUUCUUUAGUAGUGAAGCUUAUGAGGAGGUGAAGAUGAGUUUGAUGGAGGUUAAGGGUUAUCAAUUAAAAGGAGGUCUUAUCAUUGAAGGAAUUGAAGUAAGGCCUAUAUAUAGAUUCAUGAAGGAAUGUUUGCGUUAA